CCCAUGUUUUCCUGGAGUCUGGGACUUAUGUUUUCAGGGAUAAGACCAUUCAGGAACACUUUCUGAUUGUGACUGUGAAUGAAGCAAAUGUGGGCUGUGACCCCAGAGAUGUGUCCUUCCAGCCCUCUUCCCUGUUCCAGCUGGCCAGACGUGGGGUUUUGAAGCAACAGAAUCUGAACUUGGCUCCUAACUGGGCUGCUGUCACAGUGGUCCUCUUUGUUCUGGGCUUCCUAAUUGUGGUGCUGACAACCCUGGCUAUAGUGCUGCAGCCUGCUGUCCCAAUCAUUAGCCCCCUGAAGAGCUGGAAGCCACGAUGGAGGAGCCUGGGCGAGCCGCACAUCCCACCGGAGUACAUCCUCCUUAAAGACAGCCUUCGGUUCUAUCAAACUGUUGGUCCUCAUGGUUCUGGAGAGGAUGCUGACUUUGGAGAGAAGGGAGCUGCGCAUAAUGCAGAAGAGUGUUCUGCACUGAGGGUUCUGGAGGAUUUCAGUGUUCGCACCCUGUACGAUAAGCUGGAAGAUCAGAAUUUGCAUCUGGCAUCUCAGCUGGCAAAGCACAGGAUGGAUGUGUUGGCAUUUUACAAUGGAAUCAGCCAGCAGAUUCAAAGUCUUGUGGACAUGGUGCAAGCACAGGACUCUGAAGGCCUGAAAAUCUUUGUUGAGCAAAGGAUUUGUGGGCGUAAAAAUGCAGACAGCAGCCGGGCAGCAGUGGGUGCCGAACAAUGCGAUCAACACUGUAGCAACGACUUCGUGGCAGGUGCUCCAUGGCAAGAGGCAACAGAAUUAAUGAAAGCUCUGGAAAUGCUUCUUGGGAAUGCUCCGUGUAAGAACGUAGCUGUGAAACAAGCGAUGGAGCUAAAGGUCCACGGGCAGGAGGCGGUGGCAGUUGUAUCCUCGCUGGACAGCCUGGCCAGUGAAAGUAAACCAGAAGUAGUGGAAGGGCAGGAUCGUGAGCUUUUCAGUAGGAAAGACGCUUUCUUCAGCUUCCCUGGACAUGAAGAACAUGGUUGCGAUCUCCAGUUGGCUUAUCUGGCUGAGUUGGAGGUGGAGGGCCUGAUAGCAGCUUCCCCCCUUGCCAAGACUCUGUGUGAGAUCAAGCAAGCUUUGGUGAACCUGCAGCAACCUUCAGACCUUGUUAAUCCAGACAGCAAACAUCAAACAAGCAUGGGGAGCUCAGCCCUCUUCUGAGCUGCUGGAUUCUUGGGCCACAAAGAGGGAUGAAACUCUGCUGGAAAUGAAGAGGAGCUGCAUUGCUCAGAGGAUUGAAGAGACCAGAAGCAGAAGUAUUUCAUCUUUUGUGAAGUGAAAUAGCCACCAGCUCAUUUCCUUGAGGAACCUAGUUUAUCCUUGGCAAUGGCUGAAGGUGGAUUAUUGGAGAAUGUGCGUGUCUGUGGACAGAGUUGCAGUACCUGAAGUAUCAGAAUAGAUGUGUGUUUAGUUAGAGAUGUGCUUGGUCAUUUACAUAAUGAAUAGUCCAUAUUCCGUUUGCUUAAUCUGAUUGAAAUACUUUCACACUUGCCUUCGAUUAUUAAUAAUUUGUAGACUUGAGAAGGAAGCUGAGGUUCUUGACAUUGUUUACUAAUUGUAUAGUUUUCAUUGUUAAGUCAGUAAAGCAGAAAAUAUGUGAGGCCAUGGGUAUGGCUAGAGCCAUACUUCUAGCCCUUGGCCAGCAUCUCUCCAUUGCUUCUGCAUGUUUUCAAUAUAUUGUGUGAGAUCUACUGGCAGAGACCUUGAAGACCUCUAGAGAUGUCAUUUCUUUGAGGAAAGAGUACACUUAAACUAUUCCUAGUAGCAGUGACUGCAGGGAAUGGUGUAGCUGCUGGUGUCCAGUGCUUUGGGAGCCUGAUCUUUAAAAUGAAAACAUCCUUCCUACCGUUCUUAUCCUUUUGAUCUGUCUGUAUGAGGCCAAGAGAGCCUGGCUGUGAAGAGGGCUAUGCUUCUGUGGAACAGGAGCAGAAUCGGAACACCUGCUCCAUCUCUUCCUACACAGUAUUCCUUAGUUCCAGGUGGAGUACAGCAACGUAGUAUUUCUUGACUGUGAGCCAGCACAGUACCUUGGCAACCCCCACAGGUAGGCUUCAGCCAGCUCUUUCCACCAGCAAAGCCCGUUCUCUUCUCACUGCAGUGUUUACUGAACUGCUUAUCUGUGAACGGCGGACCCACUCCUUCGUGGUUCCUAGGCACAAAUCGGUGUCUGCACCUUCUGCCUUUGCAUAACCAUAGUGAGUAUUAAGAGAGCGAGACUUCAGUGCCCAAGAGCCAAGACAGAAGCUCUCAGUUUUACUUCCACUAAUGGUGUCUCUGGAUCCAGAGGAACUGCAAGGACUUUUGCCACCAUCAUUUUGGUGGUUCCGUGUUUUCUGAGCUUGCUCCCAUAAACAAAAGAUUUGGUCUGGCUCCUUUGCAGCUCCACCUUGGGAGAAUUUAGGUGCUUACUAACACUUUGAAGGGACUUUCAGACAAUGGGAACCUACAGGCAAACACUACAAAACACCUGCAGGUUACUCUCUGUGAUUGCCUGUUCUAGAACAUAGUAGUGAAAAAACUGUCAUUGCUCUCCUCAUUGCUUUCUUUUUUAGAUUAUCAGCAGGUAUGUUUGUAACAGUACUACAUGGAGGUAAGCAUCUUCAGUGAUUGUUGUAUAUCCACAGGGAAACAUGGUACCCAGACAGGUGAUAAAAUUACCUCUGUGGCAAAUUGUGGUUCCAAGUUAUAUUUGUAAAAGGCAGGGUGGAAGGUAAUAGUAAAUAAAAUCUAUCAGCUUUUUCAUUGUAACAUUUUUCCAAUGGAAACAAUUUUUUGCUUUAAAUCAAAACUAAGAUGCAUAUGGAACUUUUGCUAGAAGCUUUCAGUUAUCCCACUGUGGUUUUCUUAACAAGUACACUUUAGUCAUAAGUAAACAUUAUUCAGUUUCAGAAUAUUUUGGGUCUCUUUUUUUUUCCCCAUAAAGCCAAAGAAUAUCAAUGAAAAGACCAGAUUUUCACACAACGUUUCGAUUUGUGCUCUGUUAAUAGGUACUUGGAAAGAACAAAUAAAAAGAGGAGUGGUGCAACCAGUGGUUUUGUUCUGCUCCUGAAGUAUUUACUGUUGAUAGCUCUUUUUCUAGUGGUCUAUGGAAUCUUCUGGACGUCCAGCGCUGUCUGGAGUAGCUGUGAAGUCCCCUCGCAUUCAGAAAGGUGCUAUUUCCCUGAGA